AUGUCCAUGGCCCAGAACCUCUUCAAAGAUGUCUUCGGUGAGGACUUCGCAAACCGGCUUGCCGCUGCUGCUGGCGAUGCGAGUUCCGCUGUCGCGGACACCAUAGACCGCGUCGCAGAAAGCGAGACCUUCAAAAAGGCCAGAAGCGCCACCGCCCUUGGAUUCCACAAGGUCGGGGAGACGGUGGGCUCCGCACCGGUGGUCCGCAAUGCUGUAGCAGCCCACCUUGGUUCGGUCACAGAUCACGCGAACUCCCAGGUUGCGGACAAGGAGCGCAGCGAAGCGCUGAGCCGCAAAGCUCUUGAGCACUGCCGGGCCAGGCUCGAGGAGCACAAGGAGGCAGUGACGAGAACUCAAGGUGCCAGAGAGGGCCGCCAGAUGAACUGGUGGGAUAACAUGUGGGAGUGGGUUCACGGUGAGCAGGCGGCAGCAGAUCGCCGAUACGACCGGGAGGCGGCCAACGAGACCAAGAAACUGCAGACACAGCUUCUUUGGGCCAAGACGGAGUGGCACCGUGCCGUCAGCGAUCUCGCGCAGGCGCGGCGGAAGGCAAUCGAGGCCGAGGAGAAAGAGCUGAAUACAAUGAAGGAUGGGGUGUCGUGGCAGGAUGCCGCAGAUGCUGGCGCUUUUUUCGUCAACAGCUUCUUUAGCCGUUCGGGUGCUCCCUCCGGCCAAGUUGUGAAGGCGCAGCGGCGGACCUGCAGGUGA